AUGGAACCCUGGAACAAUCAGAGCAAAGGCAUUUCGCCGAGUUACAAGGCUCGUCUCACCCUAAUAUCAAGAGCAACAACAGAUAGAGCUGUUGCGGAAGGUGCUCAAAAAGAAGAUCUCGCAGGAGAAGCCCUUCAAGUGGUGGAAACUUUGGAGGAUUUAACAGAAUACAUCAAGAAAUUCUUGAGUUCCAUAGACGAGGGACGUAUAAACGUGUUGCCGUAUGAUACAGCAUGGGUUGCUCUUAUUAGAGAUAUUCAUGGAGAAGAUAGUCCCCAGUUUCCGGGCAGCCUUGAAUGGGUGGCGCAAAAUCAGCUGCAGGAUGGUUCUUGGGGCGAAGAACAUGUUUUCUCGGCUUACGAUCGCCUUCUCAAUACUCUGGCAUGUGUAGUUGCGCUCAAAACAUGGAAUGUUCAUCCUCACAAGAGUCAGAAAGGAAUAGCAUAUAUUAAAGAGAACAUACAUCAACUUGAGCAUGCAAACGCUGAGCACAUGACCUGCGGAUUUGAGAUCGUGUUUCCGGCCCUUCUGCAAAGAGCCCGAGAUAUGGGAAUUCAUGAUCUUCCCUAUGAUGCUCCUGUUCUGCAAGAGAUUUAUGCUGCAAGAAAUCAUAAACUGGCUAGGAUCCCAAAGGAGCUGAUGCACAAAGUACGAACAUCAUUACUGUUUAGCUUGGAAGGUCUGGAAGAUUUGGAGUGGCAAAAGCUUCUCAAGUUGCUGGAACACGAUGGUUCAUUUCUUUCCUCUCCAUCAUCAACUGCCUUUGCAUUCAUGGAGACUAAAGAUGAGAAUUGCCUCAAAUAUAUCAACUACAUAGUACAAAAAUUUAAUGGAGGAGCACCCAACGUAUACCCUGUCGACAUUUUUGCACGACUUUGGGCAGUAGACAGACUGACUCGACUAGGAAUUUCCCACUUGUUUGAGUCUGAGAUCAAGAAUUGCUUGGAAUAUGUCCACAGCUUUUGGGGUGAAAAAGGACUUUUCUCCGGACGGAAGUCGGAAUUUUGUGAUGUCGAUUGUACUGCUAUGGGAUUCAUGCUUCUAAGAUUGCAUGGAUUUAACGUUAGCCCAGAUGUACUGAAAAAAUUCAAGAAGGAUGAUGGAUUCAGUUGCUUUUAUGGUCAGACAUUUGAGUCGUUGUCUCCUAUAUUUAACCUUUAUCGGUCGUCUCAGGUCCUAUUCCCCGGAGAGAAAAUUCUUGAAGAAGCCAAUGCCUUCUGCAAAAAAUUCAUACAUGAAAAAAUUACCAGCAAUCAACUUCUUGAUAAAUGGCUUAUAUCCCCACAUUUUGCCGAUGAGGUAAAGAACGGCUGGGAAAUACCAUGGUAUGCCAGCUUACCCCGUGUUAUAGCUUGCUUAUAUAUAGAGACUUAUUGUGGCUCCGACUAUAUAUGGAUUGGCAAGUCUUUGUACAGGCUGCCAGAUAUCAACAACGACGCCUACCUUGAGCUUGCGAAAUUAGACUUCAACAGAUGCCAGGCUCUACAUCAAACCGAGUGGAAUCAUAUGCAAGAAUGGUAUGAAAACUCAAAUCUUCAAGAACUUGGAAUAAGCCAAAAAGACGUGCUUGCUGCUUUCUUUUUGGCAGCUGCAAGCGCAUUUGAACCGGAGAGAUAAGAGAGAAGUGGAUGGGCUAAAUCUCGCAUUAUCUCCAAGAUUAUUACAUCAUAUUUCAAUCGAGAAACCACUUCGCCAGAAGAGAAAGCUGCAUUUUUAGCAGAGUUCAGAGACAGCAGCAUCAGUGCCCAGCCUAAAACAAACAGGUCGCCUUCUAACCUAUCUCUCUUCUUCUUAUACUGCAUCAUUGUAAAUUCAAUGUAUCAGUCCCAAAUGCAUGAAAAAUAUCUGAUUAUAUAUUGCUGA